UUUAAUAAAUUUAGUGGAGGGGAUAAGAUCCAACCUGUGACGUUUACGAACCAGAUCUUACGAUACUGUCCGCGCCAAACGAAUGAGCCGUCCUCGUCGGAUCCAUUUUGUCUGCAAACAUUAAUUCCUCGUCAAUUCGCUUGAUCUCGAUCGUGAUCAAGGAAAAGAUAAUCAAAGAUGAUUCCGACGUGCAUCAGAAAUAUCGGUGUGCAAACAUCGAAACGCAACUUCGGGAGCUGGAACGAGGUGGUUUCCUUUUUCUUCAAUAAGAAGAAUAAUUAUGCCACGGAAGCUACAUUCGAAACGAAACCUUUUCGGUUACACAAAUUGGACAGUGGACCAUCGACGCGCGUGACAGUAACGAAAGAGGAGGCAUUAGAAAUGUACAAGAAGCUGCACACUAUCCGUCGUAUGGAAACAUCGGCUGGUAACCUGUAUAAAGAAAAAAUUGUCAGAGGUUUCUGCCAUUUGUACUCUGGCCAAGAAGCUUGUGCAGUUGGCAUUAAAUCGGCCCUUAGAUCUCAAGAUGCUGUGAUCACAGCCUACCGUGCUCAUGGAUGGACUUAUCUAAUGGGAAUUGAACCAUUCGGUGUUCUAGCUGAAUUAACUGGUAGAAAGGGUGGAAAUGCGAAAGGUAAAGGUGGCUCCAUGCACAUGUACUCCAAAAACUUUUACGGUGGAAACGGCAUUGUCGGUGCUCAAGUGCCAUUGGGAGUUGGAAUCGCCUUUGCACAGAAGUACAUGAACACAGGAGGUGUAUGUGUCACAUUGUACGGAGACGGUGCAGCCAAUCAAGGACAAGUAUUUGAAGUAUAUAACAUGGCUAAACUGUGGGAUGUCCCUUGUAUUUUCGUUUGUGAAAAUAACGGAUACGGUAUGGGUACCAGCGUUGACCGUGCUUCUGCUAGCACAGACUACUACACAAGAGGAGAUUACGUUCCUGGAAUUUGGGUGGAUGGUAUGGAUGUAUUAGCUGUCAGAGAAGCUACAAGAUUCGCCAUAGACCAUUGCACGUCUGGUAAAGGACCAAUCGUUAUGGAGGCUGUAACCUACAGAUACAGUGGUCACAGUAUGUCUGACCCUGGUACCAGCUACCGAACAAGAGAAGAAAUCCAAGAAGUGAGGCAGACUCGAGACCCCAUCACUGGUUUCAAAGAACGAGUCAUAAAUGCUAAUCUCGUUACGCAAGACGAAAUCAAAGCAAUAGAGAACGAAAUAAGGAAACAAGUGGACGACGCCGUGAAAGCUGCCAAGGCGGACACUGAAAUCCCAUUGAACGAGCUCACUGCUGACAUUUACACCAACUGCCAAGAAAAAGAAAUUCGCAAUACAACUCCCUUCAAACCUCUACCGCAUACAAGGCUAGGCCCGGCAGUCAAUGCUUAAAGAGAGCUUCUCUAAAAAAACAGUUUAAAGUGAAUUAAAUCGUAUUAAACCUCGUUACUGAAAACAAUACCUGCCAAUGCAAAA